AUGGAAGCGCAAACAAACCCGGAAAUGCGAAGGGAAUACGCUACAUACAAGGAGAUAGUCGAAGAGCGCCUGCAAAGGCUGCAUGGCGCCAGCAUAGUUGUGGGCAUAGGAAGCGGCAGAACUGCCCGAAACUUCCUAGACGAGUGCGUGUCUUUUUCUGCCAAGGGCCCCUCUCUUCUCUUUGCAGCAGCCAGCACAGAGACCGAAAUGGAGCUGCAGAGCCGCAAAGCAACGGUGGUAAGCAUGCAGUCGGCCGACCGAAUUGACAUAUACUUUGACGGCGCAGACUAUGUUGAUGGAAGCGGGUGGAUGGUGAAGGGCUACGGCGGCGCAGUGUUUCUCGAGAGCAUCGCCAUGCAAACCUCCUCCCACUCGGUUAUUGCGAUCCCGCAAAGCAAGUGCGUGGAGAGCUUCCAGGGGAUAUGCAUCCCUGUGGAGGUUGUCAGGCCGUCUCUGCCGCUGGUCAGAAAGCACUUGGAGAAGAGCAGCUGCACCUAUAAAAUACGGUCUGUUGGAGACACAGUAUAUACCACAAGCCUAGGAAACAUAAUUGUUGACGUAAUGUACAAAGUGGACCUUCCAAAGAUUCUCGAUGUGCCUGGCGUGGUGGCCUGCGGGCUUAUUCCGCCCAGCGAAAACGUAGAAGUGGUAAUAAUUAGGAAUCCUCUUUAUUAG